GUUUAUAAGUAAGGCUGUUAAGGUUUCAAAAAAUUAUGAAAUUAUUCUUCAACGCGAUUCUGUCUAAUCUUUUGAUGUGCUCCUCAAGAGCUUUUAACGUUAAGAGUUUACGCUUUGUUCUUUUCACUAAUAAUAUUUAACACAAUGGUUAUAGCCACGUAAAAUUAAGCCAUCGUUAAACGUAGGGCUUUUAAGUGGCUUUUGUACCUAUAUUUUUAAAUCAUAACACAUAUCAAGUGAUAUCUUGUUAUUUUCCAAUAAUUUGUCUAACGAACUGAAAAAUUAGAGUUAAACGUUGAACUCUACAGAAAUUGGUCUGAAAGUUUAAAAUAGACGGAAGAUCUAUCAACACUAAAAUAUUAGGAAAUAUUUCCAGAUGAUUUAAGAGUAAUAGUUUCUUCAUGAGUCAAGUCCGUCCAGUUAGAAGCCAAGCGGCCGUGAGACAAGAGCUAAAUCAUCUCAAACAAUGGCUACUAAAUAUAAUAUUUCAAAGGAGCUCCUAAACUGUAACGUGUAAAUAUUAUCGCAACAGCAGCCCGUGGCACACUUGUGACACGCCGGGCCUUGAACCGGCACUGCCCCAUAAAUCGUACAACCAACACACUUCUGAGAAUCGCGUGAUGCUCUCCAAGAUUGUCAUUGUUAUUUAAAAUACCACACAACGAGCGUAUUUCUAGAAAACAAAAUAAACGCCUGAGCAACUGUUGAGCGAUCGCUUGCAGCACUAGUUUACAGCGAGUAUUGGCAACGCUAAUAAAUAUCGUAAUGCUCAUAUAACUCACAUCAGGGCAGUUUAUCCGACUGUGAUCAUAACACUGCGGUUAGUCAUUGAGCACAACCGCUCCCGUGCACCUCUCGCCCGUGAUUGACUCAUAGCAACGCAUAAAUUAACUCCUAGGGAAUACACCGCCUCUAUUUAGGAUCAUAAUUUAAAUAUUUUUCAUCAGUUUCCUACAACGAUUAGUUUAUCGUAGAGGCGGGUACGGCGCGGGUGCUCCGGCGGAUCGACGACGUGUGAACUCAUAAAUUUGUACUAGAACAUCUGACCUGAUAAUCUAGUUUACGUUAAUUCCCCGAAGAUUAAUUUCCCAAGAGUUACGCAGCGGCGGCGUCAUCGCUAACUAGACUGGAUGACUACAGCGAGGGCCGGCAUGGCGGCGCGCGCGCACUGACCGCCGCUGCCAUGAGACGCAGACAACAUGAGCCAAGCGCUGUCACUGCUCAAGUUCAUCAAAAUACCCAAAAAGUACCAACGUGAAGGGACGUGCCCCGCGCGCCCGCCGAACAUUCACUGCCAAGCUACCUAGUGCCUUACGUUAUAAUAGUGUAAUCUUGGUGCUUCGAAACAAUAAAUAAUGUUAGUGAACACAGACACACGGACGACAAGCUCAAACGUUUAAGAUGUUAGACGUUUUUCGUGGAUUGAAGAAUCUCAUUAAAGUGAACUAUGUCCACAUCGACUCGCCGGUAUUCCGCCUGCACUACUCGAUCACCGUCAUCCUGCUGAUCUCGUUCAGCCUGAUCGUGACGACGCGCCAGUACGUGGGCAACCCCAUCGACUGCAUCCACACCAAGGACAUCCCCGAGGAUGUGCUGAACACCUACUGCUGGAUCCACUCCACCUACACGCUGAAGAGCUUCUUCAACAAGACGGUGGGCGUGGAGGUGCCCUACCCCGGCAUCGGCAACAGCCGCGCCAAGGGCAAGGAAGACAUGAGCGACAGGAAGAUAUACAAGUACUACCAAUGGGUGUGUUUUUGCCUAUUUUUUCAGGCAAUGCUAUUCUACGCGCCCCGUUGGCUGUGGAAGUCCUGGGAGGGGGGCAAGAUCCGGGCCCUGAUGAUGGACCUGGACGUGGGGGUGUGCACCGAGAUCGAGAAGAAGACGAAGAAGAAGCUGAUCCUCGACUACCUGUGGGAGAACUUGAGGUACCACAACUGGUGGGCCUACCGGUACUAUCUGUGCGAGGGGCUUGCUCUUGUCAAUGUUAUAGGGCAAAUGUUCCUGAUGAACCGGUUCUUCGACGGAGAGUUCCUCACCUUCGGGCUGGACGUGAUCGCCUACAUGGAGUCCGACCAGGAGGAUCGCAUCGACCCCAUGAUUUAUAUAUUUCCAAGGAUGGUGAAGUGCACACUGUUCAACAAGUUCGGGUCGUCGGGCGAGGUGGAGCGGCACGACGCGCUCUGCAUCCUGCCGCUCAACGUGGUCAACGAGAAGAUCUACGUGUUCCUGUGGUUCUGGUUCGUCAUCCUCGGCAUCCUCACGUUCGUCACGCUCGUGUACCGGCUGGUGAUCAUCUUCUCGCCGCGCAUGCGCGUGUACAUGAUGCGGAUGCGGUUCCGGCUGGUGCGGCGCGACAACGUCGACACCAUCGUGCGCCGCAGCAAGAUGGGCGACUGGUACCUCCUGUACAUCCUGGGCGAGAACCUGGACUCGGUGAUCUUCCGGGACAUCAUGCACGAGUUCGCGAACAAGCUGAACCACAACUACCAGCACCACAUCCACGGCGUGCCGGACGCGUGACCUCCGGUGCCGGGGUGGGUGUUCCCCACGUGACUGACGCCGCCGCCGCGCCUGCCGCCGGCCUGACCGCUCCGCCCCAAGGUGCUUCUCCACAGGACAAUACUAACCAGUGUAAAGACUACUUUUAUCGAUACUUUUUGAUCGAAAUCGUAACAGUGCAAUUCUAAACAUGCAAUAAUAGUUUGUACUUAAUCUUUAAGAACGUGAUCUCAGGACGAAUCCUAUCGAAGGCCUUUUAAUAGUUAACAUCGACGGCUACCCCGUUAGUAGGUACUAGUAUACUUUUUAGAACUAUUUUUACUCAUAGUUUCGCUGCUGUAGUAAUCAGUUAAUCGACGCUUCGUUUGUUUUCUACUUUAGCUGUUGUAAUGUACUGAAAGUAAGCACACAGUGAGCACACAUACACGAUAUACAAUUUUACACGAUUCACUCGCCAAGGAUUUGACAGACCAAAAAUAUAAAGCAAUAAUUAAUAAAGCAAUUAAGUAUUAUAGUGUAGUUGUAAUUGAGGAUAUUACUAGUUGAACGAACAGUUCCCUAGGGGAUCGAGUGUACCCGAGUAGUGACAUCGCCGCGACAUCACAAUGACCUAGCUUUUGAUUGUCAAAAGACAUUUUACGUUAAUUGCAGAUUUGACGAACGACAUACUGAGCAAUAAGUAACAGAACUGCUAUUUCUAUUGGGCACACUUAAUAGAAAUCCGACAGCCUCAAACUUCUGAAGAAAAUCUUGAAAUCUCAAUUUUCAUUAAGUUCAGAGAGAACCGCCACAUGUAGGUACCUAGCGCUCAAAUGAUAAAACUUUGUUACGACGAAAACCACACUGCCAUCAAUACAGCGAGAACACAAAUGUUCGCUUAUAUAAAACGUGUUUAAAACAAUUGUUGUUUUUAUAAUGGAGCGACUGAAUUCUUAUAAUUUCUUCGGUUUAUUAGAAAAUGUAAUUGGUAUCUUGUCUCAAGAAAUCUGAACGGAAUUUUGACGUGUAAUUGAAAGACUUUUUGACACAUCAUUCAAAAUGGCGGUUAGAUUUCUUGAUUCGAAAAUUUUAGACGUUAGCUUACAGAUUCAAAAUUUUAAGUACCUAUUGGAAAGAACUUAUAAAUAAGUAGACUGUUUCUGUAGGUGUAAAAUUGACAAUAAUGUUGUCGUACAAUGCUUAGAAUAAUCUGUAAGCUAACGAAAAUGUUUAGAGAAAUUUAUUUUGCCUAGAAGUAGGCUGAAAAUUAUUAUAAUAUUGUUACAAACAAUAAAUUGUUGUGUUCGUGAAGAUAUUAGAAGGUUGUGUCGUUUUCGCCAUGUUGGAGUGUUAGGUCUCCAAAAACGAGUCUUUGGGUAUUGAAAGACUAUGUUUUUAUACUAUGGACAUAAAUCUUUUAACUGACAAAAUCUGUACAUUGCCUAUUAAUGUAUUAAAUAAAUUAAAUGAGUAAAAUUAAUAACUGUUUUGAAUCCAUAGAGUAAACAUCGUGUUGUGUUUGUAGUUUUUACUCUUACUUGUCUAUGUCAAAUCUCAGGAAUUAGUUUUUGGAGCCCUCCUCGAAUGGCUAACGGCACGUAAAUAUUGUAAAUGUAAAAAGGUUGUCUGAUUGUAAAGUGUAACAAUUUAUGUUUUGCUGGUGCGUUUGGACACAGUCUAGAACGAUUAAUGUAGGUACAAGUGAGAUAUAGCGCCCGUAUUACGUUAAAAACUAAACAAUUUAUUUUUAUUUGCUACUACUUACGAUUCGUUCUGCUUACGAACGGUAAGUUUUGACGUUUGUUCUAGGAGGCUAAUGUCAAGAAUCUACCAUUGGUAAGCAAAACGAAUGGUUUCUUUUUAUAGGAACUGGGCAAGUCAAUAAAAUGUACAGAAACCUGAAUUGGAAGUUACGUGCUUCCGAAUUCUGACGUGACGGCAUCAAUUUCUGUAACUCUUGGUGAACCAAGCCAAAUAUUGUGCCAAAAGAUUAAUUAUUUAUAACAAAAUGUUACGACAGACGAGUUACCAGGGGAGAGAUCGAAUAAAUCAUAUUGAAAAUG